GCGGUGCGGCUGUGUCCUGUCCCCAGACGGCCCGCCCCACGCCUGCCGAGCACCCGUGGGCAGGUUUCCUGUCUCAGCUGUCAGGCAGGCGGAAGGACGGAGAAAGGAAGAGUUCAGACUCGGGCGAGAAACUGCAGGGGAACUGAGCGGGCAACCGGGGCUGGAGGGAAGCGCCGCGCGGCUUGCGAGACAAUAGCGAGCCGCCGCGAGGGAAGCCGGUGCCCCGAGCCUCGCGCGCCGCCUGACGGGCUCGGCUCAUCCGCGCUCCGUGUGCGCGGCGGGUGAAGCAGCACGAGGGCGGAAGGAGCGCAGAGCCCGGCCACCAUGGAGACGGUGCAGCUCCGGCAGCACCCGCGCAGGCAGUUCAAGAGGCUGAGUGAAGACAGUUUAACCAAACAGCCAGAGGAAGUGUUUGACAUCCUGGAGAAGCUGGGAGAGGGGUCCUAUGGCAGCGUGUUCAAAGCUAACUAUAAAGAAACCGGGGAGAUUGUGGCAAUCAAGCAGGUUCCUGUGGAGUCAGACCUUCAGGAAAUCAUUAAGGAGAUCUCUAUAAUGCAGCAGUGCAACAGUCCACAUGUGGUGAGAUACUAUGGAAGUUACUUCAAGAACAGCGAUCUGUGGAUCGUGAUGGAGUACUGUGGGGCUGGUUCUGUCUCAGACAUCAUUCGUCUGAGAAAUAAGACGUUAACGGAAGAUGAGAUUGCCACCAUCCUGCAGUCCACUCUGAAGGGGCUGGAGUACCUGCACUUCAUGAGGAAGAUCCACAGAGACAUCAAGGCUGGAAACAUCCUGCUGAACUCAGAAGGACAGGCCAAGCUCGCAGACUUUGGUGUGGCAGGACAACUGACGGACACCAUGGCAAAGCGCAACACUGUGAUCGGGACACCCUUCUGGAUGGCUCCUGAGGUCAUACAGGAAAUUGGCUACAACUGUGUGGCUGACAUCUGGUCUCUGGGCAUCACCGCGAUAGAGAUGGCUGAAGGGAAGCCUCCCUAUGCAGACAUCCACCCUAUGAGAGCGAUUUUCAUGAUUCCAACGAAUCCCCCUCCCACCUUCCGCAGUCCGGAGGCGUGGUCGGAGCCCUUCCAGGACUUCGUGAAGCAGUGUCUGGUGAAGAACCCUGAGCAGAGAACCACUGCAACGCAGCUGCUGCAGCACCCAUUCAUAAAAAACGCCAAGCCCAACUCCAUCCUGCGCGUCCUCAUCAAUGAGGCCAUGGAUGUCAAGCUGAAAAGGCAGGAGGCCCUGCAGAGGGAGCAGGACCAGGAGGAUGAUGAGAACUCGGACGAUGAGGAUGUGGACUCGGGGACCAUGGUGCGCGCCAACGCCUCCGAUUCGGGCACGAUCCGUGCUGCCGGAGCGCUGGGCAACGCCUCGCGCACGAUGGUUGAGUGUGACGGCACGCUGGGGUCGCAGCUCGGCACCAUGGUCAUCAACACUGAAGACGAGGAGGAAGAUGCCGGCACCAUGAAGCGGAGAGAUGAGACUGUGCAGUCAGCCAAGCCGUCCUUCCUGGAGUACUUCGAGCAGAAGGAGAAGGAGGCGAACAGCCAGAGUGGCACGGGCAGCGGGUCCUCGGACAGCAGGAAGCUGCCAGCAGAGGGCGACCUGGAGGUGAUGAAGAACUGGAGUGUGGAGGAGCUGCAAAGCCGCCUGACUUCGCUGGAGCCCCAGAUGGAGCAGGAGAUCGAGGAGAUCCGCCAGCGGUAUCAGACCAAGCGCCAGCCCAUCCUGGAUGCCAUCGAGGCCAAGAAACGGCGCCAGAAGAACUUCUGAGGCCCAGAGUUACCAUGGUAGCUGUUGGAGGAGCAUGGUGGAAAAGGAGUGUGGCCACUGCUCCCUGACCUCUGUCCCAAAGACAGGACUUCUCCGAGUCUGUCUCUGCACUGUACUGAGCAACUGAAAAAACGGGCUGAUCCCAUUGAUUUUUCUAUUCCUUUCCAGAUUUUGAAGUUGAUUUUUUUAAAUGUAUUUUUCAUACAAAACAUAUUUGGUACAAGACUGUGAUGUGCUGUAAAUUUGGACUGCUGAGGUGCAGAAAAGGUCUUAACUUAUUACUUUUAUUGUUUUUAUACAGUACAGGUAAGUCUGACUGUAUGAGCAAGCUGAAUUUUUUUUUUUUUACUACUGUGGUACUGGAGUAUUGCUCCUAGAAGGUGGCUUGAAAAAAUUGCUGCAGCAUUGUUUAGCUGCAGUAUCCACCCACAAAAGGAAACCUCUUAGGGAGUGGUUUGAGCGAGAUAUCAAUACAGAGACUGCUUAAUAGGUACAUUGUAUAUGCAUAUGUGUUUUUCCAUUAGAUAGAUGUGAAUUCUUCACUUCAGAGCAGUAACAUAGUCUGCUAUCCUCUGAUCUGUGUUUUUGCAGCACUGUUAUUUUUGGUAUAGUAAAAGUAAGGACCUAGAUCAAUGCACUUCAUUUGAACCAUGCAGUUGAACCAUGACUCCACCUCAUGGGAAGAGUCACUAGUCGGUCAGAAAGAAAAACAUUCCCAGUGCCCACAUCUGUGUGAUUCUCUGCACAGAGAGGUUAGAGCACUGCUGAUGGCGAGUUUACAGUCAUGAGAUAAUGUGGUUCCACUGGGAGAUCAUAGAGGGGAAGUGGUCCAGAAAUGCAGCUUCCCAGUUUUCUGAAGUGCUCUCUCCGAGCCGGUUUCAGCAGCAGACUGCUGUGUAAUUGAAUUAGGGCUCCAAGUAAAUGCAGAGCCCAGCAGGCGGCUGCUCAGAGAGUGCCAGCCCGCGCUGUCGGCCUCUUCUGUUCGGUGGAUCUUUUGUCCGCUUGAUCAUGGCUUUAAUUCCGGCUAACAUUUCAGUUCAGGUGUUUUCAUUGUUCAGUUUUUGUUUACAGUAGCAAUGCAGUUGCAAUGUCUGUAAAGCCUUUUCUUGUUUUUAAUUAUGCGAUAACCAGCUUCUCGGGGUCAGGGUUUGCUCAGGGUUUUUGAGUGAUUUUAGUAUUGUCAUAAAGCCCGCGUGACCACACAGAAGAACUGGAAUCUUUCCUCUCAAGUCUUGUAAAUGCUGCCAGUCAAUUGCUGUUACAAAUAAUUUCAGUUAUGUGUAUAAAUGAUUUAAAGGGAUUUUAAUAGUGAAAUAUCGGUAUGUUAGCGCACAGCGUAAAAUUCGAGUUCUGUGUUUCAGGUUGGAGUGAUGUAAUAGUGUGAGCUGAGUCUGAGUCUCUUGCCUUCCUAUCCAUUAUCAGACCUCCUGGCUGCUACACUAUAUAACAAAAACUGUGUCUUAGAUUUGAAGGAAUGUGCAUCUUUCCUUUUAUCUGUUGAGUUUUAAUUGCAAAUACAUUUUUGAAAAGGGUUAACAUUAAACCACAUUUUCCUUACUACCACAGUGGCCUUAUAGUCUAUCUGACAAACUCUGUGGGGGCACAUUGUGUUAAAGAAAGAAUGCAAUCUCUAUGUGUGAUGUUAUGUUGAUGAAUUUAAAUUGUGUUUUUUUGGUCUUUCGUUUAAAAAUGAUAUUUUUAAUAGAAGUAUAGUGUCCACUGGAUCAUGUUUCAGGGCGUGUCUUUAUGGGAAUGAACGGAUCUGUUAUUCCAUAAUGACGGUAGCAAAAAUAGUCCUUAAUUUUGCAAUAAUGUGGAAUAACACAUUUUUUAAAGUGUUUUGUAGAGUUUGUACAUUAAAAAAUUUUAUAUUCACUCUUUGUAGUAAUAUUUUUUCAGAUUAUUUUUUUUUCCUGUUCCAUAGGUGAAUAACUGACGAGGAGGAAGUGCAGUUUUUAUGAAUACCUUUGCAAAUCUGUCCUCUACUUCUCCUUUAAAAGUUUUAGUGCUGUGGUAUAAAACUCCUGAAUGUAAAAGAACUCAAGCUCAUUUCCAUCCUCUUCUUCCUAUGUUCCUGUUUGAUUUGUCCUGGUUAGCUAAAAUAGCUAAGGGUAUUAAUUUUUAAUAGCAGGAGUGUCCGAUACGGAGCCACUCUUGUCACCUGGUGUCUGGUGGGCUUGUGUUUAUUGUGCUUUAGCUGAAGUGGAGAGCACGCUGUAAUACUGGGGACAAAGGCGCUAACAGUAUUUCCCUUGCAAAUUCAGUAAAACAUAACUGUUCUUUCUCGAUUUGUUGUAUUUAGAGUUGUUCCACUUUGUCCCGAUUAAAAAAUUUGCUUGUA